AUGUUCACUCGUUCUUCCAACAACAACGUUGCUGGAAACACCCGCAGUCGGGGUGCUUUCAGAGACCUCACAAAUGCAAACCAACAAGCCAAUGUUGGCGGAAAGCCUGGUCAAAACGUCCUUCCAGAAAAGAGAGGGGCCCGAACCGAUGCUUACGUCCCCAGACAAAACAACUUUCAUCAACAACCUUUUGUGAUUGAACACCGUAAUCCCACCAACACAACAAACCCCCCGGCACUCGGACUCAACCGUAUGACUAGAACCAUCACAGACCCAUCCAACCCAUCUAGCUACCAAUAUGGACCAGCUGACAACAUUGAUGAGCGGGAUGCCGAGGAUCCGCUUUGCGCUACCGAUUACGUCCAGGACAUGUACCAGCACUUUCGUGGAAAGGAAGCUCUCACUUCAGUCCGCCCAGUAUUCAUGGAGAACCAACCUCACAUCAACGAACGUAUGCGUUCCAUCCUUGUCGAUUGGCUAGUCGAAGUUCACCUCAAAUUCAAACUUGUUCCAGAGACACUUUACCUCACCGCCAACCUUAUUGACCGUUACCUUGAAAGACAAGAAGUUUCGCGACCAAAGCUACAACUCGUCGGAGUCACAUCCCUUCUCAUUGCUUCCAAGUACGAGGAGAUCUAUCCACCAGAACUUAGAGACUUGGUCUACAUUUGUGACAGAGCCUACACCCGUUCUGAGAUUAUCGAGAUGGAGGAAAAGAUUUUGAAAACUCUUGAAUACAACAUCACCAUUCCCAGUGCCCAUGCAUUCUUGGUUCGAUACCUCAAAGCUGCCCAUGCUGACAAACGCAUUGUUCAACUUUCUUGCUACAUUUUGGAUGGCACCCUUCAAAGCUACAACUUACUCCACUACUUGCCCAGUCAACUUGCUGCUGCUGCAGUCUUUCUCGCACGCCGUACCGUCGGACGUAAUUCGUGGAGUCCUACCCUUCUAAAGUAUGCCAACUAUCGUGAAGAGGAGAUCACACCGAUCGCUAGGGCCGUCCUUGCUGAGAAGACCUCGUCUUCGCCUGAGCUACGGGCAGUAAACAAAAAGUACACCAGCAGUCGGUAUGGCGGUGUUGCGAACAUGGCACUCAACGGUGACUUUUAA